CAUCACAUCACUCACAUCUUCUCUGCAAUCUCUCCCUAGCUAUACACACACAAAUCCUGUAUCAACAUCUCCCCAUCAAUGGCACGAACAAAGCAGACAGCUCGCAAAUCCACCGGCGGCAAGGCCCCCCGCAAGCAGCUCGCGACAAAAGCCGCCCGGAAGUCAGCCCCGGCCACCGGCGGCGUCAAGAAGCCCCACCGUUUCCGCCCCGGAACCGUCGCGCUCCGAGAAAUUCGCAAGUACCAGAAAUCAACCGAGCUUCUGAUCCGAAAGCUUCCGUUCCAGCGACUUGUUCGGGAAAUCGCACAGGACUUCAAGACUGAUCUUCGGUUCCAGAGCUCUGCUGUGGCUGCUCUUCAGGAGGCCGCUGAGGCUUAUCUGGUUGGACUCUUCGAAGAUACUAAUCUCUGCGCGAUUCAUGCCAAGCGUGUCACCAUCAUGCCUAAGGAUAUUCAGCUUGCCAGGAGGAUCAGGGGCGAGAGGGCUUGAGUUUGAUAUUUGUGUUCUGCUUUUAUAUCCAGUUUAAUAUUGUUAGGGCUAAUGUAGUGUGAAUCGAUUAUGAUUGUGCUUAUGUAAUGAAAUGUUCGUAAUGAAAAUGAAAUGUUUAGCUUCUGCAUA